GGCGCGGGGCUGCAGACGGCGGCGCGGGCAGGGAGCGGGGCCGCCUUUCCGGCCGCGGCGAGGAGCGCAGUUGCGGGGCUUGCGGCAAGAUGCUGAAGGCGGCGGCCCUGGUGUGCGUGUGCGCGGCAGCCUGGUGCAGCCCGGCGCUGGCGGCGGCGGCGGCGGCCGGAGGCAGAGCGGACAACGGCAAUUUUCUGGACGAUAAACAAUGGCUCACCACCAUCUCCCAGUACGACAAGGAGGUCGGGCAGUGGAACAAAUUCCGAGACGAUGAUUAUUUUCGCACAUGGAGUCCGGGUAAACCAUUUGAUCAAGCUUUAGAUCCGGCUAAAGACCCGUGUUCAAAGAUGAAAUGUAGUCGUCAUAAGGUCUGCGUUGCACAGGAUCAACAAACUGCUGUUUGCAUUAGUCACCGAAGGCUUACACACAGUAUGAAAGAGGCUGGUUUAGGCCAUAAACAGUGGAGGGGUGGUCCCAUUUCAUCAAACUGCAAGCAGUGUCCAGUAGUUUAUACCAAUCCUGUUUGUGGAUCAGAUGGUCACACAUAUUCUUCUCAGUGCAAAUUAGAAUACCAAGCUUGUGUCUCAGGAAAACAGAUCUCAGUGAAAUGUGAAGGACGUUGCCCUUGCCCUUCUGACAAAUCCACAAACACAGGCAGAAGUGAUAGGAGAGUUUGCAGUGACCUGGAAUUUAGGGAGAUUGCAAACAGGUUGAGAGACUGGUUUAAGGCACUUCACGAAAGUGGAAUUCAGAAUAAGAAGACUAGGAUUGUUCAGAGGCCUGAAAGAACCAGAUUUGAUACCAGCAUUUUGCCAAUUUGCAAGGACUCCCUGGGCUGGAUGUUCAACAGGCUUGAUACCAACUACGACCUGUUGUUGGACCAGUCAGAACUUGGAAGCAUUUACCUUGACAAGAAUGAGCCAUGCACAAGGGCGUUCUUCAAUUCCUGUGACACAUACAAGGAUAGUUUGAUAUCUAACAAUGAGUGGUGCUACUGCUUUCAAAGACAGCAAGACCCACCUUGCCAGACGGAACUCAGCAACAUUCAGAAGCAGCAAGGAGGAAAGAAGCUCCUAGGGCAGUACAUACCCUUGUGUGAUGAAGAUGGUUAUUACAAACCAAGUCAGUGCCAUGGAAGCGUAGGGCAGUGUUGGUGUGUUGACAGAUAUGGCAAUGAAGUAACAGGAUCCAGAACAAACGGUGUGGCAGAAUGUGCUAUUGAUUUAGAGACGUCAGGGGAUUUUGCUUCUGGUGAUUUCCAUGACUGGACAGAUGAUGAAGAUGAUGAUGAUGAAAUAAUGAAUGAUGAAGAUGAAAUUGACGACGACGAUGAAGAUGAAGGAGAUGAUGAUGUAGAUGAUGACGAUGAUCAUGAUGGAUACAUUUGAUGGUAUUAGGAGGGUCGAUGAAUUGUACCUUUCUAAAAUUCACAAUAUGACAUUUCACAAAAUCCCUUUGCUCUUCAAGAUCAAAAGGAUUCUAACAAAUGUGUAUAUUUUGUAUGAUUAUUUCAAACAUUGCAGCUGGAGUCAUAGACUUUUUUGUUUAAAUAAGAAUAAUUAUAUUAUGUGCUUUUGAGUUUUUAAAUGCCUUUGCGCUGAAGAAAACACAUUGGAAGUGUAGCCUGAAGAAGAAAAUGUUAUGUGCUACUGAAGAUAUAAAUGAUAUAAUGUAGAAAACACACUAUAAGAUCAGUCUUUUUUUUUAAAACUUCUGUGAAAAGUUAUUUGCCCUUACCUGGACCUGUGCAUGUCCUCUUUGAUGCACAAGUAGCGUCUUACCAGCCUUUAAUUAACCAAAGGUAAGGAGAUAAAUUAACAGGAGGGGAAAAUGAACAGAGUCCUCAUUUGUGUUUGCAUUUGGAGUUAUGUUUUUUAACAGGACGUGGCUAGGUUCUUGAAAGGAUUUUUCAAAAGCAGUCUCACAGACGAGCACUAAUUCUGUAAAUUAAACAUUUUCUUGACCUACCUUUUUUUUUUUCAUGUCGAGGUUGUCUGGGCUUUGUGGUUAUUUACUCAAACGUUACUUCACCCUUUGUUUUUCAGUACGUCUCUCUAAUCAGAUUACCAUAAAAUAUUUAACGUGGGGAAAAAUUGGAGUAAAAUUAUAUUACCUUUAUAUAUGACUGUAUUUCAGAGCAUUGACAGUUGCCCCAGCUUAGUUUUUAAAAAGUACAUAAUUAUACCUUUUAUUUUCUAAAUUCAGGAAAUAGUUUUGCAUCUUUAUCUUAAUUCAUGUUGUUUUCUGUUACUAGUGCAGAAACUUAGCGAAAGUAUUGUAAAGGUGCCUUGCAAAAUAGAGAUAGAGAGAGAUUUUAGCAUGCAUACCAGUAUAGGUUGUUAGGCAAUAGCUAAGCACACCCAAUUACCAAAUUAAUGCCAGUAUAGGUACUGCUGCUGGAAUGAAGAAAAUGGAUUAUUUUUUUUCCUAUUGUUAUGUAACUACCAUGUGGAUUAGAUCAUAAUUAUUGUGUAGAGUAGCACUUAAGAUUUGACUGUAGAGAAAAUUUCUUUAAUCACUGUAUUUAUGUUAGCAUGUUAAUUAAUUGUGUAGACAUUUUGGGACUCCACCAUCUUCAUAUCACAUCUAUUGCUUUCUGCCCACAAUAAAGUUGACUUGACCUGUACAAUGUAAUACUACAGGUUGUAUGAUUUCAAAACUGGAUUACUGGUUUCCCAUCAGUAACUAAAAGGAAAAUCAGUUUAUUAUUUGAAUUAAUUUUUACGCAUUAAAUACAAAAUCUAAUGUUUAUCCUAUGUGAUAUUGAAAAGUAUACUGCAUUUUAUUUUUUACUGUUUCUGUAUAGUUUGCAAAAUAAAGACUCUUGUAACCAACUUUUUUGCCAACAUAGCCCAUCAUUUUGAAAUUUGUGCAUAGUUUGAAAUUUUGAAACAGAAAAAAUCAUGUUUCAGAUACAUUUCAUCUAUAAAAACGUGUAUUUAUUUAUAUUAAAAGCAUUUUUUUAUUAUUUUAUUUCCAGUAAAUAAUUUUGGAUUAAGGCAAAACCCAUAAUGAACUUCUAUUUUUCUGUAUUUUUUUCUGAAUUUUCUAUAGAUUUGUUAUAUACUUCUAUGACACUGUCUUCAUUAUAUAGUAAAGAGAGACCUACUUCUGUUUAAACUCCAUCAUAAUUUGUGGGGCAUCGGUGUAUUAUUUUCUUAAAUAAAAAUGGCUAGGGGUUUGCCAGUCCAAUACAAUGGGAUUUUAUCAGAGAACAGUUUCUUAUGGAUGAAAUUAACUGAUAUAUAAAUUGAUUUUAAAUAA